CACUAACAGUGUGCUGUCUCCCCCCUCCAGGCUGUCCGAAGAGCUCCAUGACGGGACAGAAGGGCGGUGAAGCAAUGGUUCCUCCUCUGUUGAAAUAACGGACACACUCUACUUCAUGGGACUGCUGACCUGAUUUUAAAAAAUGAACAUACGGUUAUGGAACACUUUAAAGAAACACUACAGACUCUGUUUUUUAGUAUAACUUAGUUUAUUGCCUAUUUAUGACCCUUUUUUGUAACAUCCCACAGAAGCACUUGAAGGCUUCACCCUUGAAUGGAGAGUGAAAGUAUUAGUGAUACAUUUAUGUGAGAAAAACCGAGCAUCGGCUUUUUGGUGGAUUAUAUCGCCGCGUUGGAAGCUUGGGGUAGAAAUCCCACCAAGACUACCUCUCAAAAACCACACCUUGUCAGUUUGACAAGGGGUUUUCUGCUGUUUUCAGCAAUUAAGGACUUAGUGCACGAGGCAUUUGUGGCUUCGUGACACUUUGUCACAACUGUUUUUGAAGAUGUUCCAGUUCAGCAAGUACCCCAUGGACAUUUUAGAGAUGCUAAGUGGACACCAAGCACACCAGUUCAAAGGCCUUGGAUUAGAGCGACAACUGAGCCACCAACAGCAGGUUCAGCUGCAGCAUCAGCAGCAGCUCCAGCAGCAGCACCAGCCCUCCGGGGACACCUCUGGAAGCCUCCUGUCCGGCCUCGGCCUGGGAUCCCUCCAGAGUUCUCGGAGCAAUGCCUUCGCUGACUCCUCGUCGUUAUUCGCCAAAAUGAGCGCCCCUCCCCCGCCCAUCUCCCACCAGAGCCAGUCGUCCUCGUCGUCCCACAGCUCCAGGAAAUCCAGCAAGAUGAGCAGUAGCAGCAGCGGCAGCGGGAGCUCCUCGUCGGGAUACCCCCAGUUUCUGCGGCCGUUCCACCCGGCCGAGGCUGCGCUGGCCCAGGAGCAGCUCCACUCUGGGAUGGGACGCUUUGACUUUGGUGGGAGCAGCAGUGGGGGAAGCGCGGGGGUCAUCGGGGGCGUUGUCACACCCGCGCCCCCGCCUCCCCCGCUGCAUCCAGGUCUCUCUGUCCCCCAGCCUUCCCCUGGUCCCCCCUCUUCCUCGCCCUCUCCCUCCACUUCUUCAGCCUCUAACAACCCCUCGGGCAGCACUGCAGUCCCCUUAGUUGGCCAGUCUGACCCCCGCAGCCUACACCAGCAAUUCAGCUGCAUGCUCGCCGCCAACCAGUACUUCCUGUCCGGCGUCCCCACCAACAGCAGCCUGGAGCAGUUCCUCGUCCAGCAAGGCACUCACAACCACUUGGGCUUGGGUCUGGGCCAAGGGUCCGCUGACUCAAACUCGGCCCUGGCCCCUCCCCCUGCCCUCCACUCUUCCCACAGCCACGGCCACACAGCUCCACAGCCUCAGCAGCAACAACAACAGCUGACCCCUCAUGCCUUAUCUCAUCCACACAGCCACACUCACCACCCGCACCCUCUGCACCCGGCCCCCCAGCCCGCCCCGCUGGGUGGCUUUGAUUUCCAAGGCAUUCCAGUCCUAUCCUCAAACCAAAUAGCAUCACUAAUGCAGCAAGAGGCUGGCCUCCCCCUCCCCUUGCCCCUGCACCUGUCGCUCUCUAAAGACGAUGGCGGGAAGACGGGAGACAGCUCGUCUUCGUCCGCGUCGAGCGGAGGAAGCAGGAGAAAGAAAGCAAUGGCGGGAUACCUGCCCCAGAGGAAAGCAGACAGUAGCAGCCACAGUCACAGCAGCCACAGCCACAGCAGCAGCAGUGUCAGUAACUGCCACAGCAGCAGCUCGAGUGGGCACAGUCAGAGCUCCUCAUCGGGCCUCGUGGGAGGAGGAUCUGGGAUAAGUGGCAUCGGAAGCGAGCCGCAACAUUCCUCUCUCCUCUCCUCUUCAUCGCAGUCAUCCUCCACCGUCUCCUCCUCGUCGUCCGCCGCUCCUGCCUCUAACUCCACCUCUGUUCUCGUAGCCAACGGUAACCCGCAGUUGUCCAAAUCUCAAGAAAGCCACAGUAACAGUUCGUCUGGCCAGCCCGAACCAGAGCCCCUUUACCACUGUGGUGAAUGUGGUAAAACCUUCACCCACCUCUCCAGCCUUCGAAGGCACCUCCGCAGCCACGGCUUGACACCAGAAAGCCAAAGCAGGAAGUCAGACUGUAACUCUCCCAGCCCAGAGAGGAUAUUCUGCUGCGGCGAGUGUGGGAAGAGAUUUAAAAAGAGGGGUCACCUCAUCCAACACAGUGUCACCCACUCGGAAAACCGGCCUUUUGUUUGCAACAUCUGCCAGAAGUCCUUCAACCGGCGAGAGUCCCUUACGAGACACGAGAAGAUUCACGACGAGAAGCCGUUCCGCUGCCCGGCUUGCGGGCGUUGCUUCCGCGAGAGCACCUCUCUUCUCAACCACGCUGCUUCAGGUGCCUGUGGCAAACCUCCCCGGAGUUCAAAAAACCGGGCCGGCGCCGGAUCAUCCAAUCCGAGCAGCAGUAAAAUGGGAAGCAGUGCAGACCGGGUAGGAAUUUCAAACGACGGGGCAGCGAUGGCUAAUGACAAGUAUGCAACAGAUUAUUCCAGAAGUCGCUACCAGAGCCAGUCGUCCUACAGCAGCGGGGUGGAGGACUACAGACGAUCACAAUCCUCGACCCUGUACUCCUCCGAGAGUACGCUAGCCACUGAAAUGAACAGCCAAACGCUCCGCAAAGCCCCUUUAGCCCCAACGCUUCACCCCCACCCACAGAGCCAGCAACAGCAGCACCACCACCACCAACCGCCGCAGCAACAGCCACACCUCCCCCUCUCCUCCCUGUUGGAUGAUUCGGAGGACGAGGUCACCAGCAGCGCGAUGUCGGCCAUCGCCGCUGCCGCCGCGGCCUCUUGUGACAUAAACACAGAAAGCCGGGAAGGAGAGAGGAGGGAUAUCAUCGGAGGGUUGCUGGGGGGGUUGGGGUUUGGUAACCUGGGUGGACCAUCAUCCACCUCCAACCUCAACGGUUCCACCAUGCCUUUGACCCACCCUAGCCAACCCCACACGAAGCCCAGGAGGCCGAGGAAGCCCAGAGAGAAACGGGACCCGAGCACCAUCGUCAGGAGAAGAAGGAGCCCUGCUCCCGCGGGGGACGGGUCAGAGAGGCCGUACAGCUGUCAGAUUUGCGGCAAACGCUUCAGAAGAGCGGAGACCCUGCGGCGCCACAACCGCGUCCACACGGGGGAGAAGCCUCACGCCUGCGAUGUCUGUGGCAAAAUGUUCCGGGAGCCGUUCCACCUCACCAAGCAUCUGACCGUGCACUCUGGUCAAAAGAACUACAAAUGCAAUCUGUGUGGGAAGAUGUUUGCCUAUGCACAGAGCCUCGUGAGACACGGGAAGUUGCACCGGAAAGGCGAGAUCGACAACCAGGGGAGGAGGGUUAAAGGUGCUGCCGCCGCUGCCAUCAGUCAGGUCGCCAACACGGGAAACGCUGACUACUUCUCAUCCUGCUCCCAAGGAGAAAAGUCUCCAACGUCUGGCACCCCCUCUCAGAGGCUUUACACCUGCACAGUGUGCUGGAAGUCAUUCCGCCACUACUUCCACCUGACGGCACAUCAGCAGACUGUCCACGGCGGCGGAGUCGGGCUGGAGAAGUCCUUUCGCUGUGAAGUAUGCGGUAAAGCCUUUGCCUACUCCAACAGUUUAGUGCGCCACAAGCUGUCUCAGCAUGGCAUCGACCGCAGCGGCCAGCGCGUCAACCAGUCCCAACCCUCCGGAUACUCGCCGCUCUUCUACGAUUCUGGAUCAGGUCCCAACUACGCUGGUUCGUCUCACAUGCAGCAAGGGGCCUCCGGGCCGCAGCAUCAACAACAACAACAACAACAACAACAGCAACCGCCACCACCACCGCCACAGCCACAGCCGCCGCAACAACAACCACAGCAACAGCUGCAACACCCUUUUCAGUACCGCUCAAAAAACUUCCAAAAGCGGCAUGGACAGACAAGAAAGCACAGAAAAAAAAAAAGGCGAGUGGUGAUCCACAGCAUCAUGAGAGACGGAAAGCUGGUAGGCGUCCCUCUCAGUAAAGACACCCGCAGGAAGCUGAUGAUCCUGAGGAAGAAGAGGGGCAAACUGCAAGCACAGCUCAACAAGAAAAAGCUGCUGGCCCAGCUGAGGAUAAAGGGCGGCGUGAUGAAAGUGAAGUCGUGGUGCGGAGGCGCGGUCCGAGUCACCGGGCUCACCUCGAUGGACGUCCCCAUCAAGCGAUUCCCCUGCCCGAUCUGCCCCAGCGCCACGUACGCCAAGCAGGGCUCUCUGCUGGUCCACCACGCCAUCAGGCACCCACCAAGAAACUCAGGCCGCCAUGCCCGUCUGCGGUGCCUGGUGUGCGGGAGACGCACCAGCUCGUUACACAAAGCCUUGAAACACCGGGGCCAGCAUCUUAAACAAGCCGCAUUCCAAUGCCGCCGAUGCCGACACCGUUUCUGGAACCCCAUCCUCCUGGCGCGCCACAGGUUCUCCUGUCGGGGGACGACCACCGGCAGCGCCAACUGGGGACUGAUGAAGAUGAAAUCUCCGCCGUCACGUGACCAGUCAGAUAGUGACCAUUCACCAGUCCAGCUGCCGGUCCCAGUUCUGGUCCAGCCUGAGAGAUCAACAGUUCUGACUGAGUACAGUCAGUAAAAAAAAAACAAAAAAACAAAAAAAAACGGAAUAAAAAAAAAGUUUUCUAGACUAGAUUGUUUUUAUUUUUAUUUUUAUUUUUUAAAUAAUCCAAGAAGCGAAGCAAGAGCUAGUGAGUUUUUAACAGUUGGGAGAGUGGGGAGGGUUUAGUGUAACUACCGUAAUAUCCCCACAGCCCGGUCCUAACUUACUGCAGCAGAGGUGGACUUCAAAAGGCCCCAAAACCACCUCCGAUACCGGUCCCACCGCCUCCUGAGGCGAAGGAACUAUAGACCACGUGACAAUUAGUAGAAGCUGUUUGACAAACGCAUUAAUCCAGUUUCCUUUCCAUCAUUUGAUUUCUGAUUUUCCCAUUAGCAGUGUUCGCUCAUAAAUAUGGAUUGAGAUGCCUAUUGUAGGAGUGAGGUACCUUUUUUUUUUUUUCAGUUUAUUUUAUUUUUCAAAUUGUUUUGACAUUAUUCACAGUUAAACAGUAUAGUCCGUGUCUCUUGCUCUGUAUGUGUUUAUUUGUUACCCCCUCCCUCCCUCCCCAGUGGAGAAUCUCUUUCUAUACUGAGAUUAAAUCUGCCCUCAAGAUAAAUUAAUCUUUUUAAGAAAAAGGAAAUCCUGACCUGAAAAGUCCAAGAACCUCCAUGAAAAAUGACUCUCACCGGUGAAAAGGUCUCGUGUCAUAAAAAGGCAAUAUACCAGUCGACGUGCUAAAGCGACUGAAAAAGGACAAAAAAAAAGAGUUGGGACAAAACAGAGAAAUGUUGGUGACCUUGUUUUUAAUGUACACUACUUUUGUCAUUUUUUUAAAAGAGGCGUGGACGGAGACGAGAACACGACUCAAACUGUUAAUGUGUGCAGGAUUUUAAAAAGGACAACAGAAAUAAAAACCGGAGUGUACUGUACAAUUCGUAUUAUAUUUUAUUAUAUAUUGAUUAUUUGCUGUUUUUUUACUCCAAGUAUCAUUUCUUUUAUCAUUGUUGGUAUUGUAUGGGUGGGAGGGAACGAGUUGGGGGACUAUCUUUGUAAAACAGCGGGAUGAGUAUAUGUAUCGAUGUGAUAUUUUUUUCCCCUCCCUGUACCCCCUUUUACCUGCUCCCUCAUUGCCACAGUUAUGCCCAAUUUUUGUAACAAAAGCGUGUACACAUAGUUCAUUACUUAGGUCCUGUCCAGACGUGUUCUUUCUUUUUUUUUCUGUAAAACUAAAACAUGUAAUAUUAUUACUAAAUUACUAUCCUUUUUCUUUGCCUAAAAGUGAGUUGUUGAAAACCCUCAAAUCAAAUAAAAAAAAACAAAAAUCUGAA